AUGACUGAUAAACACGCAAAAUGUUGCGUCAAUUUGUGGAUGCAGCCCGAUAGAAAACUUCAAACCAGGGUUACCAUGAUUGGUUGCUCGAAUUUUGCAUGGCAAGAAAAGUUUGUCUAUACUGUUUCAGAGAAUUUUCUUCGUUCCAAGAACCUUUCUGCCGUUCAAUUGCAACCUCCGCUAAGAAUUGAGAAGGAAGGAAGAUAUGAUACUGACGACGAAUACGUCUCGUAUUAUGAUGAUCCUAGAUAUGAUAGUUCGUACGAGUCCAAUAAGGAUGGUGAUACGGAUGGGAUUAAAGAAGAAACUCCAGAACCUGAGGGAUUCAAAGCAUCAACUUCUCUUCAGGUUUCUAAGGGUUCGAAAUCGAAAGGGGUGCUAAGUUUAGAUGCGACUGUGUGGAAGGAAUACAUCAAGUUUAUCGGUAGCACAAAGCGUCAGAACGCACCCCUGUACUAUGAUGAGUUCAUGGGACUUAAAGGGAAACGUGCACAGUAUAGGGAGAAGAGAAACCAUCACGCUUGGCUGUGUUUUGCCAGUACAAGAAACAAGGAAGAUGACUAA